AUGACUACUGCUCGACAAUCCUCCAUCACGGUGGCAGUUCGAGUACGGCCGUUUACUCCUGCGGAAGCCAACAAACUCAUACAAAUACCAGGAAAGCCGCUUUUCAUUGGAGAUGGGGCACUUUCUGGAACUCUGGAGAGUACAAAUGCUGAAGAGUCAGCAAAAGCUAACUUGAUUCCACGUGGAAUCAGGAAAAUUGUUGAUGUUGUUGACGACAAGAUGCUCAUUUUCGAUCCUCCAGCAACAAACCCACUCACAUCCAUGCAACGAAAUGCUUUUCCCAACGGCAACAUGAGAGCACGAAUAAGGGACUAUCGGUUUGUUUUCGAUAGUCUCUUCGAUGAAAACUCACUGCAAGAGCAGAUUUACGAGAGCACCACCAAACCUCUCUUGGACAGCAUAUUGGAUGGCUACAACAGCACCGUUUUCGCCUAUGGUGCUACAGGCUGUGGCAAGACGCAUACUAUCUCAGGAUCUCCGUCAAAUCCUGGUGUGAUUUUCCUCACGAUGAAGGAGUUGUACGAAAGAAUCGACUCAUUGGCCGAUACGAGGGUGUUCGAUGUGAGCAUUUCAUUUUUGGAGAUCUACAACGAAACCAUCAGAGACCUACUAGAGCCUGAAACGCCUUCAAAGAAGCUUAUUCUACGAGAAGACUGCAAGAAGCGAAUCACAGUGUCAAACCUACUGUCAAGACUGCCUGCCUCGGUGGAUGAGGUCAUGGACUUGAUUGUCUUGGGCAAUGAAAACAGAACACUGUCCCCUACAGAGGCCAAUGCUGCCUCGCUGCGUUCACACGCUGUGUUACAAAUUAACGUCACUUCUCGGAGUCGUACAGCUUCCCUCGAUCAGGAACACACGUUUGCUACACUUUCUAUAAUUGAUUUGGCUGGAAGUGAGCGGGCCGCUGCUACCAAAAACAGGGGAGCCCGUCUCAACGAGGGUGCCAACAUCAACAAGUCGCUUUUGGCUUUGGGAAACUGUAUUAACGCCUUGUGUGAUCCACGUCGCAAAAAUCAUGUUCCAUAUCGUGAUCUGAAGCUUACCAGACUCUUGAAGUUUUCUUUAGGAGGUAACUGCAAGACUGUCAUGAUCGUCUGCGUAUCACCUCUGUCCCAGCAUUAUGACGAGACUCUCAACACGCUCAAGUAUGCUAAUCGUGCUAAGGAGAUCAAAACAAAGCUUAUACGAAACCGUCAAAACUUGGACCGCCACGUUGGCUCUUACCUCAAGAUGAUCACGGAACAGAAACAAGAGAUCGAGGAACUUAGGGAAAGAGAAUCGAAGGUUAUCGAAAAAACAAUAGCCAAGCACAGCAAAGUGGUCGACAAUUGCAUUUUUGAAGUGCUCAAGAGUAUUGAGACACUCAAAACAAAUAUAAACAAACAGCAUCAGGAGAAAUGGCGCAAGUGCUUUUCGCUUGCAAAACGCAAACUCCUUCUAUUGCAUCAGGAAGAGCUCCAAAUCAUGAUACAGACCUUCAAAAAGUUACGCAUAUCCGACAGAAGAUAUACCCCAUUUCUUGAAAAGUCGAAGCAUCUUCAAAUACAAGCAGAACAGCUUCUACAAAAGAUCGACGAGCAGAUUAUCAACUUAGAAAAGAUCUAUGACCUGCCAUCUGAGUUGGACAACAUUUACUCAAAGACGUAUGAGUUUAAUCUCAAGAAAUUUCAAGAAAUGGAGGGUUGGUCGUCGCAACUCUCGGUCUUGUACGAAGGUAUGGUGGUUACCGCCAAGGAGCAUCUACAAAAAGAUUUGUUGGUUAACUCAUCUAUAUUAUUCGACUAUCUAGUGAGCGAAUUAAGUGAUUUCAACUUCUCAGCACACGGUAUCUGUGAACUUGUGGGAACAUAUCUCAUCCACUGUGAGGAGUCAACUAUGGAUCAAAUGGUUGCGGCCAUUACCAACAUCACCAACAUCAUUGAAGCAUACAACAACUCAGAUUAUGAUAUGGCCAUCGAGAAAGCUACCUCGAGAUUUAUUCAGAUGAAGUUGCAAAGGGAAGAACACGCUGAAGCAGUGCGUUCAAUGAACGGAGCGCCAAAUUUGCAGCCGAGAGAUAAGAGAACGUCAACUUCGCCUCUACGUCUGUCACCCCCGAGAGCACGUAAGAGACCAUCCAAGAACCAUUACGAUGGAGAAGCGGAUAUAAGUAUGGACGAUUCUUUUGUUAAUCGGAGCGCAAUGGAGGAAGACUCCUCUCCACCAGCUAGGAGUCUAAAUGAGCACUCCGUUCUUGAUGAAAUAGACUUCAACCCUACAAUCGAGUCACCGACAGCUCCAAAGACACAGAAUAUUCGGUCUCUCAACAGCGAGGAUGUCUCGCUCCGAGCGCCAUUGCUCAACAAGGAAGCAAGCACCAAAGUUGUUAGGAAAGAGAUGAUUCCUUUGACGAGUGAAGAUCUUCUGAGGGAUGCAAACGUUCACUAG